CUACUGUUGAGCUGCAGUGAGUUAACAUAUCCAUCAGAAUGUGUGCAUGUAUUUAAAGAAGGAGAUGGCUCUGGGGAGGAAGGUCGACGUCCCGGUCAGCGACGUCUCUCUGAUCAGAGGGAUGUGGGAGGUACGGGUGAAGAAGCACAGACACACACAGAAGAAGGAGCAGGAGAGGAUCGAGCAAAGUGCCCUUCCCAAGAUCGACCAACAGUGGCAGUAUCGUAUCUACUGUAAGAGCCUGCAGACCAAGGAACUCAACCUGCUGCAUCACUACCUGGAGAGAUCUACACUGACUGAGACACAACCCUGCACAGAAGCAGAGCAGGAUCAGAGAGAUCCGGAGCAGAGCAGGCUGAUCUUCCAGCUGGACGGUGAACAGUGGAUGGACUUCCCCAGGGAGCUGCAGUGGAUGACGUACCUCAAAGAGUGGCACGUCAGGGGGACGAGGAUCUGCCGGCUGCCUGAGUACCUGGCUCUGUUCACCCAGCUCUCCGUGCUCCAGAUCCCAAAGAACACCAUCGCUGAGCUGCCUCCUGAGAUCGGUAAAUUGACGGGUUUGAGGGAAUUAAACGUCAGCUACAACCGUCUAUCCCAAGUUCCUCCAGAACUUGGAGACUGUGAGAACCUGAAGAGACUCGAACUCACCGGAAACCACAACCUGUCCGAGCUGCCGUUCGAGCUGAGCAGCCUGAAGCAGCUGCUUCACCUGGACAUCGCAGAGAACUGCUUCAGAUCCAUCCCCAUCUGUGCUCUGAGGAUGAGCGCUCUGCAGCUGCUGGACCUGAGCCACAACCGCCUGGGCGACCUGCCGCAGGACAUGGACAGGUUGGAGCAGCUGGUCACCCUGUUCCUCCAUAAGAACAACCUGACUUAUCUUCCUCACUGUCUCACCAAAAUCUCAACGCUCAAGAUGAUCGUCGUCAGCGGCGACGAGCUCAACUCCAUCCCGACCAGACUGUGCAGGAAUCCCGAGAUCAAGUUUAUCAGACUUUGCGACAACCGUGCGACUGCAGAGAAUAAGAAGAAAGAGGAGGAGGAGGAGGAGAAGAAGAAGAAGAAGAACAGGUGGAGAGAGCCGAGGGAGGAGGAGGUGAAGAAGGACAGCGGAGAGAAGGAGUUCAUCGAGCUGUACGUCGACUCGCUGAAGGACAGAGAAACCGUCCCUGAAUCUACGACCAAAGUCUCCAUCUCCUGCCUGCUGUGAGGGAGAGGAGGAGGAAGAUGAAGCUGACAGUCUGUCACCAUGUGAGUGAAUUGAAGAUCAUUGGAGGGUGCUCUUUAUAUUCACAUUACGUUCAGUAACUUUACGUCAUUUCAUGCUGAUGAAAUACAUUAGCUAACGACACGCUAUUUCGCUAACUUCCUGCCUCAAUCUCUGAAGUUUCGGUGUUUCUCUCAGAGGGUGUCAAAGGGGAUAUGAUUAUGAAAGGGGCCAUAUUCUGCUGAUG